UCGAAGACAACAGCUUGUCUUCGAGUCUGUUUGUGAAGGACUGAAGCCAAGAAACAACUGAGAAUCUCCACUGUUCUGAACUCUAAUGCAAGAAAGAGCACCGACAGCCGCUCAUCGAUGCAUUUAACGAGACCAAAGUCCUCUAAAGGGCGAAGCAGACCGGCUGUAAACAGCUCGCUGUAUGGAGGGGACGCUGACAGCAUCCAAGGGACAUCAGUGUCUCCAGACUCUUCUGUGCACGGCAGGCCGGACAGAAACCUCCGCUCCCAGUCGCAGCCCAUAAUGUGGCAGGCCAGCCAGCUGAACCAGGAUGAGGUUCUGGAGAUGCUGCAGAACGCCCCCUCUGCUCCACCACAGUCCUUAAACAAGUACAAGGUCCUACCAUCCAUAGGGAGGAGGCAGUCAGAGGUGAGUCCUCCUGGGAGAAGCCUGGACAAAAAUAUGUCCAAGCUCAGCCUGUCUGAUGGUGCCAUAAUGCAGCAAAGGCAUGAGGAGCCAGAUCUCCCCAAAGGGAAAGAUGCGAGGCCUCAGCUCCCUGAUCCAGGACCAGUAGUGACCAAAGAAGCUGGGAGUUUGCUCCUAGCUAUCAGAGCACCAUGUGGUAGAAGGUUUCAACAACAUUUUGACCCCACAGACACUCUGCUGAUGGUGAGAGUAAGUGCAGAGCUCAAGUACGGAGUCAAGUAUGGAGAGGCUGACAUUGAGACCAUGGAUGUGCCCCGCAGGACCUUCACAGACAUGGAUUUGACCUUAGCCCAGUGUGGCAUCUUGAACAGAUCGGUGCUGUGCAUCACUCAGAAUGACAGUGUGGUGGAGGAUGAGUGAGCUUAAGUGAUUUUCAAGUUUCAGCUUGCAGUUGAAGUCUCACUUUGUGACGGUAUUUGAAGCCCACCUCCACUCAAAAAUGUGUGUCACUGAUUGUUUCCUCCCUCGGAUGUUUGAGUCUGUUAAGAAGGUUGAAGUCUGUUUCAAAUAUCACACAUCACUUGUGCA